AUGAAAAUUGAAGACCAAAUUAUACUUGAUGAUGAUUAUGAUGUAAUGGAUAUUAUUAAUGAUGGCUUUCCGAGAGCCAGACCUCAGAGACCUAAUUAUUUUGAUUCAAUAGAUGAUUUGGGUUUCUUUAGAAGAAGAUUCCGUCUUACCAAACCCACUGCGGAAGCACUAUUGGGAGAAAUACAACACACAAUGGAAUUUGAUAAUAACUUAAAUAAUCAAGUAUCCCCUAUGAACCAACUACUAACUACUUUAAGGUUUUACGCCUCAAAUGGGCAUCAAAUUGGUAUUGGAGAUCUUAUGGGGAUCCACCAAACCACAGCAUGCAGAAUCAUAUCAAGGGUCAGUAGAACCAUUGCUAUGUUGAGGCCCAACUAUAUUCAAAUGCCAGAAAACCAUGCUCAGCUUCUGCAUACUCAACAAGAGUUUUAUCACAGGGCAAGAUUCCCCCGGGUGGUGGGGUGCAUUGAUUGCACACACAUUAAAAUAAAUUCACCAGGUGGUGAAGAUCCUGAAAUUUUUCGUAACAGAAAAGGGAUAUUUUCUAUAAAUACGCAAGUUGUGGGAAAUGCAAAUUUGGAAAUAACGGAUAUUGUUGCUAGGUGGCCAGGUUCUGUUCAUGAUGCUACAGUAUUUAAUAAUUCAUCAAUACUUGCCCGACUAGAAAACCAGGAAUUUGGGGAUGGCAUUAUUUUGGGAGAUAGUGGCUAUGCUCUAAGGCCCUUUUUAUUAACACCCUUACUAAAUCCUGUAAACCAAGCAGAGCAAAGGUAUAAUGAAUCUCUUAUACCUACCAGGAACUGCAUUGAACGACUUUUUGGUUGCUGGAAAAGACGCUUUCCAGUUCUUGCAUAUGGUAUGAGAUGCCACACUGACAAUGUAAUGGCCAUUAUAGUAGCAACAGCAGUGCUGCACAACAUAUGUAGAAGAAUGGGUGAAGAUUUGCCACCUGCUCCUGAAGACAUUGAUGAAGUCAUGUUGGAAUAUUUAAUUUUUGUUUGUUUGAUAUAA